GGGUUGCAUCGAAAUUCCAAGCUGACUUUGAAAGGCUUAAUAUGUCAAUAGGAGGAUGAAAGUAACCCAAUUGCAGGGUUUUAGGGCUUCGAGUCCGUACGUCAGUGGCGGGAAGAUAGCAGAGAAAUUUCCCAUCGAAAUUCAACUGCGGAACUCGAAAACCCUAAAUUCCUAAAAUGUCCUUCAUCGAUGAAUUCCAAGCCGAUUUGGAAUCACUGCCCCAUAUUCUUCAGAAAAAGUAUGCAUUGAUGCGCGAUCUUGACAAAAGUUUACAAGAAAUUGUAAAGCAAAAUGAACAACGAUGUGAACAAGAAAUAGAGGAUACAAAACGAGGCUUGAGGCCUGGAAACAUUACAACAGAGACUACACUUAUUAGAUUCUCAGAUGAGGCACUUGAUGAACAAAAGCAUAGCAUUAGGAUUGCAGAUGAAAAGGUUGCUUUGGCAAUUCAGGUGUAUGAUUUGGUUGAUUCACAUAUUCAGCAACUUGAUCAAUAUUUGAAAAAGUCUGAUGAAGAGCUACGGCGUGAAAGGGAAUAUGCUGCUGCUACUACAUCGCCUGCUCCAAGUGAUGGUACCAGUAAAUCUGGAAGGCCUAGUGAAAGUGGUAGAGGAGGGCGUAAAAAAACACGACUGGCAACAGCAUCAGCAGCCACAGCAACAGAAGUGGUGGCAGCAAAUCCAACUGGUAUGGAAUUAGAUUUACCAGUGGAUCCUAAUGAACCCACUUAUUGUUUGUGCAACCAAGUCAGCUAUGGAGAGAUGGUUGCAUGUGAUAACCCUGAUUGCAAGAUAGAAUGGUUCCACUUUGGCUGUGUUGGUCUGAAAGAACAGCCGAAAGGGAAAUGGUAUUGUUCAGAUUGUGCAGCACUGAAAAAUCGUCGUAAAGGCAGCUGUAACACUAGCAUAAGGUUCUGCUUCAUCCUGGUUAAAUCAACAACCGCUGUAAGAUUUCUCACUAGGUUUUAUGACUUGGGGGAUUGAGUAAGCUGCAAUGAAAUAGAUCCCAAUGGAUCCAGGAAGAACAGGGCGACCACUUCAUGUUUUGAUGAUGGUUCAAACACAGCCGUCUCUAUAACUUAAAUCUGAUUCGUUUGACUGGCUAACAAGGCUGAGAACUAUAUGUUGCUAGAGUCAAGUCAAUGAUUGACACACUAAAUAGUUUCCCAAAGGCCACUAGGCCUGCAAGCUCCUGACUAACUUGCUUUGUGUGCAGGGUAUAUAACCUGUUAAAUUCUCUUUUUGUUUUUUUUUACAUCAACUUGCAACUUGCUUUGCUUUCCCAAGCUUAAGAUAUACAGGAAAAGAAUCUGAAGAAUGUGUCAGGGUCGGACCACUUGGCUGGUACUAUCUGCUGGAGUUCUCUUGUUUAACUUCUUCGUCAGCUAAUUUUAUUUAACUGGCUUUGUCAUGCAAUGUUCGGUGGAACUUCAUGUUUUGAUCUUUUCUGUCUUUCCCCCAUAACACCGAGAAACAAGGGGGACAAGAACAGUAAAAAAUUUCAUUGCAAGAGUGUACGUCAGUCAAAGCCAACAUCUUAAGGAUGGUUAUCCUUUUUUUUUUCCCAAAAAGAUAUGUUCCAUUCAAACAACUUCUAGCAACAACCAGAGAUUGUUUUGUCCACUGUCACUAUAUACAAUUAAUAAUUUCAAUCACAG